AUGGAUGAUAUUAACAAUCUGAGGCAGAAAUGUGAGGAUGUUGGGCAGGGACAUCUUUUCCAGUUCUGGGACCAGCUGGAUGCAGAGCAGCAGAAGAUCCUGGCCACUGACAUCUCCCUGAUAGAUUUGCAGGAGGCAGUGCGCUAUUUUAAAGAAGCAGAGAAAACCCUGAAUGAAGAGAGUGAAAAGAUAGAUGAUCAUCUGGAGCCAUUGGAGCCUGAUGCUUGUGGGAGUGUUACACAGAGUAGCCAGGAAGUUUUAGACAAGUACCGGAAUAUAGGUCUCACAGCCGUGGCCAACAAUGAAGUGGCAGUGCUGUUGUUGGCCGGGGGUCAGGGGACCAGACUUGGGGUCCCGUACCCCAAAGGAAUGUAUGAUGUCGGCCUGCCUUCCAGGAAGACCUUGUACCAGAUCCAGGCUGAGAGGAUCACCAAACUGGAGCGGCUGGCGGAGAAGGCAACAGGCAAGGCUUGUGCUGUGCCUUGGUAUAUUAUGACAAGUGAACACACAAAGGAUGCAACAGAGGAGUUCUUCCACAAGCACGACUUCUUUGGUCUCCGAAAGGAGAACAUCAUGUUGUUUGAGCAGAGUAUGCUCCCCUGCUUUGACUUCAAUGGCAAGAUUAUCUUGGAUUCUCUUCACAAAAUUUCAUUUGCACCUGCUGGCAACGGUGGCCUGUAUCAAGCUUUACGAGAUGAGGGUGCUCUGGUGGAUCUCCUAGCUCGUGGUGUGAAAUACGUUCAUGUCUAUUGUGUAGACAAUAUUCUAGUCAAGAUGGCUGACCCGGUCUUUAUUGGAUUCUGUUUGAGCAAGAACAUCGACUGUGGUGCCAAGGUUGUUGAAAAGGCUGAACCACAAGAAGCCGUGGGAGUGGUGUGUAAAGUGAACGGCAAGUACCAGACAGUGGAGUACAGUGAGAUUACCUUGGCAACUGCUGAGAAGCGGACAGAAGACGGGAAAUUGUUGUUCCGGGCUGGAAAUAUCUGCAACCAUUUUUUCACAGUGGAGUUCCUCAAGCGUGUGUGUUUGAAAGAGAAUGAGUCUCAGCUGAAGCACCAUGUCGCCAAAAAGAAGAUUCCGUAUGUAGACUCCAGCGGGCUGCUUCAUAAACCCUCAGCUCCAAAUGGGAUCAAGAUGGAAAAAUUUGUCUUCGAUGUUUUCCAGUUUGCUGAGAAUUUUGCCGUCUGGGAAGUUCUUCGGGACGAUGAAUUCUCUCCUUUGAAGAACGCAGAUGGAGCCCCCAAGGACACACCUACUACAUGCCGUGAGGCCCUUCUCAGCUUACAUUCCAGAUAUGUGUUGUCUGCGGGAGGGAGAUUUGUUUAUGCAGAUGGCUCUCCAUACACUGAUUGUUACAGAACAUCUCAUGAAAAAUGUAUUGGGCUUACCUGCCCUUUGAGAACUCUUCUGGAAAGGGGGGCCGA